AUGGAUAAUCUGUAUGGUAUUAGCGACUCAAAACUUCCUAAACGCGGCAGCAUGUCACCUAUACAGAACUUUGGGACUCAGAAUCCUUACUUCCAUUACAAAACUCCUGUGAUCGAUCAAUAUCCAUCACCUGAUGGCCAUAUUACUUCUUUUAAGACUGUGAACUCCCCACUCCUCCGAUAUCUGCAAUCUUCUAGGUCACUUUUGGCAACGCCUUCAUCAAUUGGGGAUCAUCAGUCUUCAAUCGGAUACAAAUAUCAUCGCAACAGUGUUACUCGGGGCUCUGAUAAGUCUCCAAGAGUGGAGCCACCACAUCGGCCAAGGUCACCUUUACUUUUUAGGAACACUGCAGUGAAGGUGGAAGAAGAUGUGUUAGUGAUGGAUGGUGUCGUUCUGAAGAAUCCACCAGUUGAUAGAGGUAAAUCUUCAUCAUCUUCUUUGCCAGAUAGCUCAUCAUCAUCAUCAUCAUCAUUAUCAUCCCCUGGUAGUAACAACUAUAAGAUGGAUCUUUGUGUGUCUUACUUGGAGAAAGCUGGUUAUUGCCGUUAUGGAACCAAAUGCCAGUUUGCACAUGGAAAUAAGGAGCUGAGGGCAUCACAAUUUCCUUACAAAACCAUACUUGAGACCCCUUGCAAAAACUACAACAUCUCAGCAGCAAUGUCACCUAUGAAAAUAGAGGAAUUCACCACAAACAUUGCAAGCUUUAAAACCACUGAUUGGACUCCUUUAGAUGAUGACAUUGAGAUUCAAAAAGGAAAUGGUGACACCUUUUCAAAACAUGACAUUGAUGCUUACAUUAACAAGUUCCUUCAUGGUUCUAAAAAAUCAAAGAGGCUUCCAGUUUUCACUGCAAUUUUCCUAGAAUAG